AUGACUUUUUAUUCCAAGCAGGACUAAAAUAUGGAUAUGAACUUUGGCAGUUAUUAUAACCAGACACUUCCCACAGAGAACAAUACUGCUGCCCCUCGGAAUUCCAAUUUCCCAGUCUGGGAUGACUAUAAAAGCAGUGUAGAUGACUUGCAGUAUUUUCUGAUUGGACUCUAUACAUUUGUAAGUCUUCUUGGUUUCAUGGGGAAUCUCCUCAUUUUAAUGGCUCUCAUGAGAAAGCGUAAUCAGAAAACUACAGUGAACUUCCUCAUAGGAAAUUUGGCCUUCUCUGAUAUCUUGGUUGUGCUCUUCUGCUCACCUUUCACACUGACCUCUGUCUUGCUGGAUCAGUGGAUGUUUGGCAAAGUCAUGUGUCACAUUAUGCCUUUCCUUCAAUGUGUGUCAGUUCUGGUUUCAACUUUAAUUUUAAUAUCGAUUGCCAUUGUCAGGUAUCAUAUGAUAAAGCAUCCUAUAUCUAAUAAUCUAACAGCAAACCAUGGCUACUUCCUCAUAGCUACUGUCUGGACACUAGGUUUUGCAAUUUGUUCUCCCCUUCCCGUGUUUCACAGUCUCGUGGAACUUCGGGAAGCAUUUGGCUCAGCGUUGCUGAGCAGCAGGUAUUUAUGUGUUGAAUCAUGGCCAUCUGAUUCAUACAGAAUUGCUUUCACAAUCUCUUUAUUGCUAGUUCAGUAUAUUCUGCCCUUAGUUUGUCUAACCAUAAGUCAUACCAGUGUCUGCAGGAGUGUAAGCUGUGGGUUAUCCAACAAAGAAAACAAACUAGAAGAGAAGGAGAUGAUCAACUUAACUCUUCAUCCAUCCAGAAAGAGUGGGCCCCAGGUGAAAGUGUCCAACAGCCGCAAAUGGAGCUAUUCAUUCAUCAGAAAACACAGAAGAAGAUACAGCAGGAAGAAGGCAUGUGUGUUACCUGUUCCAGCAAGAUCUCAAGACAAUCAUUCAAGCAUACCUCCAGAAAACUUCGGCUCCGUGAAAAGUCAGCUCUUUUCCACCAGUAAGUCCAUACCAGGGGUCCGCACCUGCUUUGAGAUGAAACCUGAAGAAAACUCAGAUGUUCAUGAAAUGAGAGUAAACCGUUCUAUCAUGAGAAUAAAAAAGAGAUCUCGAGGUGUUUUCUACAGACUGACCAUAUUGAUACUGGUGUUUGCUGUUAGUUGGAUGCCGCUGCACCUUUUCCAUGUAGUAACUGAUUUUAAUGAUAACCUGAUUUCAAAUAGGCACUUCAAGUUGGUGUAUUGCAUUUGUCAUUUGUUGGGCAUGAUGUCUUGUUGUCUUAAUCCAAUUCUAUAUGGAUUUCUUAAUAAUGGAAUCAAAGCUGAUUUACUGUCCCUUAUACACUGUCUUCAUAUGUCAUAA